GGCUACGAGCUCUCUAGUUAUUUCACUGCCACUCUGGGAAGAUGUUCAGUCUAACUGUUUAAGGUUGUAAUUAACAGAGAAAUGAUUUAGAUAAGUGAAAUAUAUUUCCUUCGGUCUGAAGAUACAACACAGCAGAAAAUGUAUACAUUUCAACGCAAAGAAAAGGGUGACUAAACCUUUCUCGCACGCGCGCUACCUGACUAUUACAAUUUUAGCAACAAAGUCUCUCACUACACAUAUACACACACACCCUCGCAAGGUGGAAACCUACAGAAGUGUACGGGACCCGGCAGUGCCUGCUUUCAAGCGCCGGGUUCCUCUUCCCAAACUGGAAGAGUUUUUUGUCAAUCUCCAAAAGUUGUUGGUGAAAAGAAUACAUUGAAUGCCGAACAUACGGUGGUGGUGUUGUGGUCCGUGGUCCAAGAGUUGUUGGCCGCAGGUGUGCACGGCGACAUUUGUAGUGACACGGAAGUAUUCUGCUGUAGCGGGAAUUAUCUGAGGAUUGACAGGGCUCCAUUGAGUUGACCGGAGAGGCGAGGCGGAUGAGUUGCGUUAGCCGCAUAUCUGAGGAUCAUCUGGGUGUUGCCGCCGCUGUCACCCGCACGCGGUUGAGUUCUUGUUGAGCCUCAGGUGAUCUCGACGCGGGCCUUGUAGUACCCGACGUCACCAUGGAGAUAUUGACACUAGCGGGCGCGAGACCACCACACGAGGACGUACCCAUGGACCUCACCACCAGUAGUCGCCGUCAGCUAGUACUUCACCACUCCUCUUGGUCACAUCUCAGGGAAGACUCCAAGCACCGGAUGGAAACUGUCCUACAGCCCAUCACCAAGCUGCCUGCAGACGCCAUGAUGGUGCGCUCCUCUCAGACAUCUGCCAGUCGGUAUAUCCCACACCAAAGAAAAGACAUUGUCACGCGCUUUCUUCCCCGCCCUUCAUCCGCUAACUCUCCGCCCUCCUCCACAGCCUGGGAUGUCUCCUGUUUAUUUACGUCAGAAGUGGGGUGUAAGAGAGCAAGACUGGAGUCACCAAAACCAUCUGAUUUGGUCUGUGAUUUAGAUGUCCGGCCACCGUCCGCAGAGGACAAGAAUACCACUACCACUACCGUCAUCACCAGCAGCAGCAGCGGCGGAAGCGACAAGCGGCAAGGGUUGGGGGCGGGGCCGGCCAGGGGUAAUGGUGAUGUAGUGGAGGCCGGAGAAGGCGUAAGUCAGUCAGUCAUGAGGCCGCGACAGAGGCAACGCUCGCCACACGCGGGAACCUCCUCGGUCGGGAGUCCUGCCGGGAUAGGAACCAGUGACAGUGAUAUCGUGCCGGGUAGCUGCUCCACUCACCGCCUCCCUGCAGCUACAGACCUCGACCGCCGCCCAAGGUCUGCUUCCUCCGGCCGCUCUCAAGGACACUGAGGCCCUGCUUGCAGCGGUCCAGCAGUCCCAAAUGCUCUACUACACGUACUGCUCUCAGCUGAUCCAGAACCUGAGGGCAGCCAGCUGGAGCAGCAACAACAGAAGCGUCUCCACCACCAUACCCGACUGGAUUAAGGAGGCCGAGGUGGAGAAAAACAUCCACCUCGAGGACAACAAGUCCUACGAGUACGAGGAGGACACUGAGGACGACUUGAACGUGGCAGAUGAAGACCGACUAACUGAACUAAACUCCAUCCUCCGGGCGAGACUAAACU